GGUCUCGAACACUGCCCCUCACUCUGACAAUAUGUCGUUACAGGGGACACUUGUCUUUCUGUGUUUGAUAACUCUGUAUGGAUGCAUGUGCCAGAGACACGAGGAUCCGGAUCAGGCCAUGUUCCUCGCUGGCCCCAUUACCAAUGGACAGAUGGAAGGCCUGAAAGGAGAAGCAUCUGAUGGGGCAUUGUUGGACACCUUCGACUGCAGUCAUCCCAUACCUCCUGGCUCUAGACAAUACUUUGAGUAUCUCCAGAGCAGAGGGAUGACCCACUUCAAAAUGCCACUGUCAUGGGCUCAGCUUCUACCUACAGGACGCCCCAGCCAGCCCCAACAGGCUGUGGUGACCUGUUACCGCAGUCUGCUGAGACAACUGCUGGAGGUGGGCCUUCAGCCACUGGUUGUUCUUCAUGGCUCCACUGUGCCGCAGGCUCUGAGAUCAAGGUAUGGAGGCUGGGAGAGCCAGGAGCUGGUGGACAUGUUUCAGCAGUAUGCAGAGUUUGUGUUUGGGGAGUUUGGAGAGCUGGGAGACCCCUGGGUGACACUGAGCAGCUUGGAUGAGCUAAAGGGUGCUGAGCUACGAAAUGCUCUCGAUGCGCACAGCAGAGUCUAUCGCCGUUACCACCAGCUGUUUCCUGGGAGAGAUGGACAAGUAUCCGUUGGGGUAAGGGGCAGUAAAAUCCCAAUCAUCUGCGACUCCCAACAACUGAAAUAUUUAGAUUUCCUGUCUAUUAAAGUUCAGUAUGACUGCACCACUGGACAGAACCUGGCGGAGGAACUGAAAAAUGUCAUGGGAAAGUGUGGAAAUAAACCAAUUCUUUUGUACGAGGUGAACAUCAACGACAGUUCCCCUUAUCACUUCCUCUCUGAUAACAAAAUAAUAGAAGUGCUGAGCAAUGCAGACCAAAGUGUUCUUGGGUUUGACAUGGUGGAUCUUUUACGUCCAGCUGACUCCAUCCCUAAAAGGGAUGACACUCACAACAAAAAGGAUCUUCAAACAUCAUCAUGUUCCAUAACCUACUGCAAAACUUGGAGCAAUUUUGCCACCAUGACCUCAUCUGAACGAGAUGCUUUCCUAAAUGAAUCCUUCCCAGUGGACUUCCAAUGGGCCGCCUCAAGUGAGUCCUUCAAGGUUGAAGGAGGCUGGUCAGAAGGUGGGAAGGGGGAGACCAUUUGGGACCGCUUUGGUCACAAAGGCCUGGCCUUUGCAAAUCAGACAGCUGAUCUAGCUUGUGACAGUUUCCACAAGGUGGAUUAUGAUGUCUACCUCCUGCGAGGUCUUCAUGUCAACACCUACCAAUUUUCCAUCUCCUGGGCCCGUAUUUUCCCCUCAGGCCAUCGAGGCAGCCAAUCAGAGAAAGGGAUCCUCUACUAUGACAAGCUGAUCAAUGCGCUCAUUGAAUCUGGCAUACAACCUGUUGUCACUCUCUACCACUGGGAUCUGCCUCAGGCACUCCAGGAUCAUGGUGGAUGGACUAACACUUCCAUUGUUGAAGCCUUCAAGGAUUAUGCAGACUUCUGCUUCUCCAGGUUUGGAGACAGGGUCAAGACCUGGAACACAUUCAGUAGCCCCUGGGUGGUGAGCCAUGUUGGGUAUGGCACUGGUGAGCAUCCCCCUGGAAUAAUGGACUAUGUGGUUGCCUCGUAUCAGGCCACUCACAAUAUACUCAAGUCCCAUGCUGAGGCCUGGCAUGUCUACAAUGACAAGUACCGGAGGAAACUAGGAGGGAAGGUGGGCAUUGCAUUGAAUUCUGACUGGGCAGAGCCCAUGGACCCCUCCUGUCCUGAAGACAUAGCAGCUGCAGAUCGCUACCUGCAGUUUAUGCUCGGCUGGUUUGCACAUCCAAUAUUUGUAGAUGGAGACUAUCCUGCAACACUCAAGACUCAAAUUGAAGAGAAAAGAAGAGAGUGUCCCGACUCAGAGCCUGCAAGGCUUCCAGUUUUCACUCCUCAAGAGAGAAAGAGGAUUCAUGGAACAGCAGACUUUUUAGGGUUAAACCACUAUACCUCCCGGUUGGUCAACAGUAGUAAUGGUGGCUGCACCCCUGGUCCUCAGGGGGUUGGUGACUUCCAGACACAUGUGGAUCCAUCAUGGUCCUCUACAGCUUCUGACUGGAUAUAUUCAACACCAUGGGGUCUCCGAAGGCUUCUAAACUACAUUUCCACAGAAUACUUGAAUGUUACCAAAGUGCCUAUCUAUAUAACUGGGAAUGGGAUGCCUACUGAGUACAGUGGGGACACUCUUAAUGACACCGACAGAAUAGAGUACAUGAGGAGUUACAUCAAUGAAGCCCUGAAAGCUAUACAUUUGGAUGGAGUAGAUGUGCAGCGGUUUACUGUCCAGUCACUCAUGGAUGGUUUUGAGGGUCCACAAGGCUACAGUGAACGGUUUGGUCUCCACCACAUCAACUUUGAUCUACCUGACAGACCCAGGACUCCAAAGCAGUCUGCCUACUUUUACUCUGAAGUUAUUGAGAAAAAUGGUUUUGCUUCCAAAAAACACUUCUUUCAUUCAACAGAACUGAAAAACAUGAAGUCAAAUAGAGUGUCCUCAAUGUCACCUUCUACUGUCCCAUCACAAGCUAAGGAUGUCUGGAGGAAAUUCUCAAACCAAACUAAUUUUCAGAGAAAACUCUACCACUAUGGUACCUUCCCUCAAGGCUUCAGUUGGGGAGUGUCAUCGUCGGCGUACCAGAUUGAAGGUGGCUGGAAUGCAGAUGGGAAGGGGCCCAGCAUCUGGGAUACAUUCACCCAUAUAACCGGCAAUAUUCCUGGUAAUCCUAAUGGAGAUGUGGCCUGUGACAGUUACCACAGACUUGAUGAAGACCUCUACAUGCUGCGAGCUCUGAGGGUGAAGUCGUACAGAUUCUCUCUGUCCUGGCCCAGGAUCUUUCCUGAUGGUCAGCGUACCUCCCUGAACCAGAAAGGUGUUGACUACUAUAACAGACUCAUUGAUGGUCUUUUAGCAUAUAACAUUACCCCCAUGGUGACACUCUAUCACUGGGACCUCCCGCAAGCUUUGCAGAACAUUAGUGGAUGGGACAACGUAGACAUGAUUGACAUUUUUAACGACUUUUGUGAUUUCUGCUUUGCCACGUUUGGAAACAGAGUGAAAUUUUGGAUGACCUUCAACCAGCCUCACACAAUUGCAUGGUCAGGAUACGGACUUGGACAGUUUCCGCCAAAUGUUAAAAAUCCAGGAAUUGCACCAUACAGAGUUGCACACAACUUGAUAAAAGCUCAUGCCAAGGCCUACCACACAUACGAUGAUAAGUAUCGAAAAUCACAAGGUGGUCAAGUAUCCAUUGCCCUCAAUGCGGAUUGGAUUGAACCUAAAGAUAUUACGGUUCCCAGAGAAGUGGUGGCUGCAGACCGCGCUCUGCAGUUCCAACUGGGCUGGUUUGCACACCCUAUUUUCAAGAAUGGUGACUAUCCUGAUGCAAUGAAGUGGCAUGUUGGAAACAAAAGUGAACUCCAAGGUCUUUCAGAGUCAAGACUUCCUUCCUUCACUGAAGAAGAAAAGAGCUUCAUCAGGGGAACUGCUGACAUGUUCUGUGUAAAUCACUACACUACAAGGAUUGCAAACCACGCUACCUUGAGACUUAAACCUCAAUCUUAUGAAUACGACAGGGAUUUGUCAGAAGCAGAGGAAGGUGAUUCACCAACUACAGCCAUUAAUGGGCAGAGAGCUGUGGCAUGGGGCUUGAGAAGACUCCUCAACUGGAUCAGAGAGGAGUAUGGAGAGCCAGAUAUUUACAUUACUGAGAAUGGAGUAGCUACAGACACUAAGACUACAGUUGAUGACACAGACAGAGUAUUUUAUCACAAAACCUAUAUUGAUGAAGCUUUAAAGGCCCAUAAUCUUGAUGGUGUGAAGGUGAAAGGAUACAUAGCAACAUCUCUCAUGGAUUCUUUUGAGUGGCUUAAUGGAUACAAAGUUGGAUUUGGGCUCUACUAUGUGGACUUCACCAAUCCAAACCGCCCAAAGACACCCAAACGCUCAGCUCAUUAUUAUUACCAGAUUGUGAAGGACAAUGGUUUCCCAUUACCAGCCGAUGAGCAGGUGCUUUACGGAGAAUUUCCCAAAACCUUUAGCUGGAGUACUGCCAGUGCUUCCUACCAGAUUGAAGGGAGCUGGAGAGCCCAUGGAAAGGGACUGAGCAUCUGGGACAAGUUUGCCCAUACUCCUUUGAGAGUGAGCAAUAGUGACAAUGGUGAUAUUGCUUGUGAUAGUUAUAAUAAGAUUGACAACGAUGUGGAGGUCCUGAAGAAGUUGAAGGUAUCCCACUAUCGCUUCUCUAUAUCCUGGCCCAGGGUACUUCCUGAUGGCACCAACAACUACAUCAAUGAAGCUGGAUUGAGUUACUACCUUAGAUUACUGGAUGCUUUGGAAGCUGCUAAUAUUCAGCCACAGGUCACCCUUUACCACUGGGACCUUCCCCUGACUCUACAGAAAGUGGGGGGCUGGGAGAAUGAAACCAUUGUACACAGAUUUAGAGAUUAUGCCAAUGUUUUAUUCAGCCGACUUGGAAGCAGAGUGAAGUUCUGGAUCACUCUAAAUGAACCCUACAUUGUUGCAAACCUUGGCUAUGGAUAUGGUACAUUUGCUCCAGGCAUUGUGGGUAAGCAGUAUAUUGCAGCUCACAACCUGAUCAAGGCCCAUGCUGAAGCUUGGCACCUCUACAAUGACAAGUACCGUGCAACACAGGGUGGCAUCAUCUCCAUUACCAUUAAUUCUGAUUGGGUGGAGCCGCGGAACCGAUACAAGCAGGAGGACGUGGACGCAGCCAAGCGCUACUUGCAGUUCUUCAUCGGGUGGUUUGCACAUCCCAUCUUCAAUGGAGAUUAUCCUGACUUAAUGAAGACAAUCAUUCACAGAAGAAGCCUUGCUGCAGGUCUCCCUAAGUCACGGCUUCCCGAGUUCACUCCUGCAGAAAUCAAGAGGAUCAAAGGGACUCAUGAUUACUUUGGGUUCAACCAUUACUGUUCAGUCCUUUCAUACCCUGUUGAUUUGGGAAAUCAGCAGGAUUAUGAAGGUGACAGGGGUACUGGAACCACACACGACCGCACAUGGAUUGAAUCUGGCUCCUUCUGGCUGAAGGUCACUCCAUUUGGAUUCAGGAAAAUCCUCAAGUUCAUCAAGGAAGAGUAUGGAAACCCGCCCAUCUAUGUCACAGAGAAUGGGAUCUCAGAAAGAGGACCAGUGGACCUGAAUGAUAUUCACAGAACACACUAUUAUGAGAACUACAUCAACCAGGCCCUGAAAGCCCAUGUUCUGGAUGGAGUCGAUCUGAGAGGCUAUACAGCCUGGUCCCUGAUGGACAAUUUUGAGUGGGCUGCUGGCUACUCUGAGCGAUUUGGACUUUUCUAUGUGAACCGCUCCAACCCCACGCUUCCUCGCAUCCCUAAAAAAUCGGCCUCUCGCUACUCCUCCAUCAUCACCUGCAAUGGCUUCCCAGAUCCAGCCACUGGGCCCCAUGAUUGUUUGAACCCUCAGCCUGAAGCUACAAAUGCUCCCACUGUGACCACUCCAAAGAACACUCAUACAACCGUCCCUGUUCUGCAUCUGAACAUGGUGGACUUCCUGGGGCUGGAGCUUUCGCCUCAUGAUGCUGAAGUCGCACUUUACGUCCUCUUUGCAUUUCUUCUUGUAAGUUUACUAGGGGUCAUCUUUGUUGUGUAUCGGCUCCUGAAAAAAAAGAGGAAUUUGUAGAGAGAAUUUGUUAAGAUGGAGAAGAUGCGAGGAAAGCUUUGGACAGGAAUGAAAUCUUCAUUAACAGUCAAGUGUGAUUGGUUUUUAGGCAACGUUUUUAUCAAUUCAGGUCCCAGAUUCACACCUGGGUUCCUGAUAAAUUCACAAUUGUACAUUUUGAUCCACGUUUGAAAUACGUCAUGUGAAAAAUUAGGAAAGGGAAAUAAAGAAAUGGUAUUCUUCUCACAAUCAGACAAUAUAAAAAUAAUCGGUAUUUAACAUUUGUGGGAACUCUUUCUUGUCAAAAUCAGCUUAUUAAAAGCAUUCCCCGAAUGAAGGAGGCUCCCAGCUUAUUGGAGAUAUUAUUUAUCCCUAGAAUGAGAUAUUCAGCUUAAAAAAUAGUGGCAUUAUUUCAACAAUCUUAUGUAUUUUUUGACCAUGUGUUUUCUAAUUGAAUACAUGUUAUUGUAAAGGAGUAUGGUUAUCAUUUUCUUUUCUUCAAAGUCAACAUUUGCCGUCACUCAGUCAUUCCAGUUCCGCGCUUACUUCUUGAAGCACCAAAACAAUCUCUGAAUAUUUGAUUCAUGGGUCUGUCAUGCAUUGUCAACUUAAUUUUGGGAUCACUGCAGCUUCAGCGUUUCCAAUACCUGAAAUUCCAGACGCUUGUGUCAGUGUGAAGGGAUGACCUCUUGGUGGCGCCAGUAAAUCAUUUUAUGACUGGCUGUGAUACUGUUGUUCCAAUAUGUAGCAGUUUCUCCAUUUGCUAAAGAAUGUACAGUAUAUUUAUCUUAAAUGAAAGCUACAUAGGGGUAUAAAUAAAAGUGAUAUAAAUGAAAAGGUAAAACAAGCUAAGGGAUUAUGUUAUGAAAUAGGGUGUAAGUACUUUCACCAUGAGCCAUACACUUGUAUCUUUCAAGCACAUUUUGCUCUUUUAGUACCAUUCUGAACUCAGACACUACAUGCAAGACCAUGUCAAGGAAAACCUUUAACUGGAGGGUUUACUCAGCUCUGCCACCAUAACCUGCUUUUUUGCUGAUGCAACACUUACAGAAUUUCCCACUGGGACUAUUAAAUCAUUUUAUGCAUCUGUUUGAUUCCUUGGGUAUGUUGGGGAGACGCCCUUUGACUGCCGGGCAGUGAGUAGCUUCACCGUUUUAAAAAAAAAAAAAAUCCCAUGAACAAUCCAUUAAGUAUUUAUACAAGUCAAAAGACGAUAAUAUAUUCACAGGAUUUUUAUAAGGCGCCCUGAGCAGAGAAUGGAGUCACACUCCCUCUGUGUGUGUUGUGAUCGGAGCUCCUCUCUGUGCUUUGUUUUUGUAUCCGGUCAUGUUGGUCUAAGUGAGUCGCCCCCCCCGCGAAACUGUUGGCCCUCCCCACUCUAAGCGGAGCGCAGUAAAGUACAGUUAAAU